AUGGCAUCCGGGCCGCUAUCGUUGAACGUGAUUUUGAGGCAGAAGUUGAAGGAGCCUUCAAACCAGUCAACAACUUUAGCUUCCCGUCCUGGCCGCGAACAGGCGACAAAUGCAGCAGUUUCAUCAGUUGCGUCGAGAACGCGCUCCUUCCACUCCGACGACUUCGACAUCGAACGGGUCACACCUCUCUUGAAAGCAGUAAUCAAUAACGAAUCCGACGAUAUCAUCUGGGACAAAGCAUACGCCGCUGUAACUGAAUCCACACCGCCUCGACCACUGCCAUUCCUGAAUCAAACCCCUUGGUCCAACGCUACAAGCAGUAUUGUCAACUCCUCGGAACACAGGAAAUAUGCGAAUGAGGCUUUGAAGGAAGAACUAGGAUCGUCGCUCUAUAUUGGGGUGCCUGGGUUUGUCGACGCUUUUUUUGGAGGUAUGGCAGAGCUGGACUCGAUAUCCAAGGCAGUGUUUGCAAAGUGCCAGCAGGGAGGUAAUCCGCUUUUCACAGAGGGGCGCGGCUGGCGUGACUGGCCAAACGAAGCAAAAGAGCCUGACGUCUUGACGUGGUUCGACAGCAGAGCGGAAGCUGGAGAGGUCUUCGUCACUCAGGACACUCGCCGCUUCGUACUGGGCUUCACGCUCUGCGGGUCCGUCAUGCGACUCUGGGAGUUCGACCGGCUGGGCGGAAUCGCAUCCUCACCUUUCGACGUCAACCAGGACGGCUUACAGUUCGUGUCCGCGGUACUAGGAUAUCUCUUGAUGGAAAGAACACAGCUGGGAUUCGACCCCACGAUACUGGAGGCAGACGGAGAACGUUACAUAGAAAUCAUGCGCGAUGGACGAAAAGAGCGACUUGUACUUGACAAAGUGAUGAAACGGGUAGAUUGUGUUGCCGGCAGAGCGACAACCUGCUGGAAAGCCCAUCGCGCUGACGAUGAUGCAAAGGCGCCUCUGGUCAUAAAGGACUCAUGGCAGUAUCCGGAACGGGAAGAAGAAAGGGACCUGUUACAAGAAGCAACAGAGAAGGGAGUGGUCAAUGUUGCGAGACAUUAUUGCCAUGAGACGGUUCACGUAGCUGGCCAGCGUGACGACGACCAAAACAACGUACGGAAGGCUUUGGAUAUUUCGAAAGCGACUAAUUAUUUUGUUCAACGUAAAAAAGCAGACAGCUCGAUGUUGCCUCCCAAACCAUUUAGCAAAGACGAUGCCAUCCGAAGGGGCCGAUCAAGUGCGGAUACUAUCCACAGAAAGAGAUCAUCUAGCUCACUCAACGCACCCCUGCCACCUGCGAAACGCACUUAUUCGAGCUCUCCAACAAAACGAGAGCACAUUAUUGAUACGCAUAACCGGAUUCGCCGUCGUGUCAUCGUCUGCGACUAUGGCACACCAAUAUACAAGGCACGCUCUGUCGUCGCCAUGCUUGCUGCGCUAGCUAGUUGCAUUGAAGGGCACGAGUCUUUGUACACAAAGGCAGGGAUGCUUUAG